AUGAAGUUCGCCAAAGAACUUAACGAGGAAUUGGUUCCGGAAUGGCGGCUCAAAUAUCUGGAUUACAAGCUCGGCAAGAAAAAGAUCAAGGCCAUUCGACGAGCGCUUCAGAGAGCCAACCGCACUCCAGUUCGCCGCCACGAUCCCUACUAUGGCACGACAUCGCAGGGUCUUGCACCGAAUGCCUCGACAUCGGCUGCUCGCUUUCCGCUGGAUUAUAAUGGAUCGCCGUCGCGCAACAGUGCCCCGCGCACCGCCGAGCAGCGCCCGCUCAGAACGCCGGGCUCUCGCUUCGCCAAUACAGUAGGGAGCUAUGGCAGCAUUAUCUCUGAACCUGCUACCCAAGACUUCACGCGCGUCCCCACCCUUCAGUUGCCCGAUCCUGCGCUUGAACCGGACAGCCCGACAGCUAUACACAAGAAUGGCUCGCCAACGACCAACCCUGCGCAGGAUGGGCCUUCCAACUAUUCUCAGCCGCCUUCCUACUCGCUUGUCACAAAGAAUAGAGGUCAUAGGCGGUUUUCCUCAGCGGGGGAGGGUCACUCGAAGGCGGCCAAUUUCUUGAGGAGGGUUUUCACCGCGGGUGAUCUGGAAUCGCCCGGCAGGAGCUACCAAAGCAGUAUAUCCAACGAAGUGACCCAGAAAGAGGACGAUUUCUUCGACUUUUUGGACUCGGAAUUGCACAAGAUCGAAACAUUUUACCAGCAAAAAGAAGUGGAGGCUACCCAUCGCCUGCAGGCUCUUCGCCAGCAGUUACAUAUGAUGCGCGACCAGAGAACGGCAGAAAUACACAAUGCCAAGCGGACAAAGUCUCCCGAGAGAGACGGGGAACACGGCAGCUACCGGAAUGUGAUCCCAAACAACAAAUGGGCACAUGCGAUAGUCGGGAAGCCUCACUUUGGGAAAAACUCUCGUGCUCUAGCGAGUCUGCAAACUCCGCAAGCACCGAGACCUAUGGAUCCACAAUCCAUUUUCGGUCGACGGGACUUUGUCCAACGUCCAGAGUUGGCGCAGGUACCUUAUCGCACCGCGAAGAAGAAGCUGAAGCUUGCAGUACAGGAGUUUUAUCGCGGCUUGGAGCUCUUGAAGUCGUAUGCUUACCUCAAUCGCAAAGCUUUUCGCAAGAUCAACAAAAAGUUCGACAAGUCGGUUGAUAUGCGGCCUACACUGCAAUACCUAUCCAACAAAGUCAACAAAGCUUAUUUUGUUCAGAGCGAGGUCAUUGAAGGGCACAUGGCUGUGGUAGAAGACCUUUAUGCUCGUUAUUUUGAAGGCGGAAACACAAAGAUUGCCGCCAGCAAACUGCGUAGAAAGCAUCGCUCGCGCGAUUACUCGCCAACCACCUUCCGAAUUGGUCUGCUUCUCUCUGCAGGCAUUGUUGCUGCUAUCCAGGGUUUGAUCCUGGCCAUUCGAUUACUCGAAGACGGUGAUAGCACCGUAAAAGUGCAGACCUCCUAUCUGCUCCAGAUAUACGGAGGUUACUUCUUGAUCGUCUUUCAUUUCAUGAUAUUUUGCUUGGACUGCAUGGUUUGGACCAAGGCUAAAAUAAACUACACGUUUGUUUUUGAAUUCGACACACGGCACGUUCUCAACUGGCGUCAGUUGACUGAGAUACCUUCUCUGUUCUUCCUUCUGCUCGGCCUCUUUAUGUGGAUUAAUUUCUCUUGGGUUAACGACAUGUUUAUAUACUAUCCCGUGGUACUUAUUUUCGUCACGGUGUUGAUACUAUUCUUUCCAUUUCGUGUGUUUUACCACCACUCUCGAGCUUGGUGGGCCUUUUCAAACUGGCGACUUUUACUUGCCGGCCUUUACCCUGUUGAGUUUCGAGAUUUUUUCCUCGGUGAUAUGUAUUGUUCUCAGACAUAUGCCAUGGGGAAUAUCGAGCUAUUCUUCUGUCUCUACGCCACGGCGUGGAAUAACCCACCAACAUGCAACUCGUCCAAUUCUAGACUUCUAGGCUUUUUUAGCACACUGCCCGCCAUUUGGCGUGGCUUCCAAUGCCUCCGUCGCUAUCGCGACACAAAGAAUGUAUUCCCUCACCUGGUCAAUUUUGGGAAGUACAUGGGUACUCUUGUAUUUUAUAUGUGCUUGAGCUUGUACCGCAUCGAUAAAGUCACCCACUAUCAGAUCCCGUUUAUCGUCUUUGGUGUGAUCAACUCAAUUUACUGCUGCCUCUGGGAUGUUGCAAUGGACUGGAGUUUGGGCAAUCUGUACGCGUCACACACUGGCCUGCGUGAUGUUCUGGCUUUUCGCCGAGUCUGGAUCUAUUAUGCUGCUAUUGUGCUGGAUGUUGUUAUACGGUUCAACUGGAUAUUCUACGCCAUCUUCAUCAACGAUAUUCAACAUUCGGCCUAUUUAAGCUUUAUCAUCAAUAUCACCGAGAUUUGUCGAAGAGGCGUCUGGACGAUAUUCCGUGUCGAGAAUGAACACUGUACUAACGUACACAUGUUCCGUGCGCUUAGAGACAUUCCUCUCCCGUACAAGGCGGAAGACGAGAUGGAAGAUACCCCUGCAGCUGCAUUGGAUGGAGACCACAGUGACGACGAAGAACAACCUACCCCGCAAGCUCAUGCUACUCCAUCCCGCCCAUCUCCUGAAACAGACCUAGAAUUAUCAGCAGGAAGAACACCGACCCUACGUGCCCGUUAUCCAACUGCUUCUGGCCGGAGAAUGAGCCGAGUCGGUACGCUGGUGGCUACUGCCCAUUCUCAAGACUUUCAGCGCAAGCGACCAGCAGAUGGCCUUGGGGGCUCAUCUAGCACUGCACCUGUGCUGGGUGAUACUGACGACUCAACCGAUGACGACGACGAGAAAGACACUGACACAGAUCAGCCUGACUUUUUGGAAGAUCCUGAGAUUCCGAGCUCUAUCACACCGCGUGCAAAUACUCCCAACCGCAAUACUUAA